GUAAAUAUUAAAAUAUCGAUCCUACUCGAUAUUUGAUUUGGAUCUCCCGGUCUUUAUCAUCUGUAAACGCAGCCCGAUUACAUAGGGACUUUUCACACUGAUGCGUUGCGCUUGCGUUGUUUGUGCCUGUGCUGCGCUGUGUUCCUCUGGAUUUAUUAUACGCAGCGCAGGAACAACGCAAGCGCAGCCCAUCAGUGUGGAAAGUCCCUACCAACUAGAAAUUGGCUUGAGCAUUUCGAUAAGUACUACUUAUCGCAAUUUCCCUUUUAGAAAUGGAUGAUCCGUGUAUAAUAUAUUAUAUAUAUAUAUGCAAUGUACAUACAUACUUUCAUAGAAGCUGUAUAUUGUCGCUUCUGCAAAACAAAAGACGUCCAUCAGUUCCACGGCCAGUUUAUGCACAGUCCAGAAUAACAGUUGUCGUGCGACUAGCAGUUAUUUUUUAAACGCUUAUUCUUGAUUAUACCAUUUGCGCCUCGUAUAAAUAAGCAUUCAAUAAGUAUAAUACAAGACUGAAAAAUGGCACCUCAAGAAAUACAAGAAGUAAAAUAUUAUGGAGACACUUCAGUGGAAAUCAAAUAUAGAAUAAAAGCCUUAUCAAACUGGAAUGACUAUUCUCCUUACUUCUAUAUGAAGGAUGGAAAGAAAAAUAAGUGUUUCCUCAAUACUUAUUGCGAUUCCAGUAGUAUAAGUCAUGUAUACAAACUAGCGUUAAGUAUACACUUUGUAAGUCAAGAAUAUUCGUUUAGUCCUGAUGCAAAAUUUGUAACAACAAUUUGGUUUAAUACUAAAAUAAAUGGUUAUACUUUUGAAUUGCUGAAGAAUUCUGUUACAAAGAUCGCCCAAUCAUCUGAGUUUCUUUUCUACGAUAAAUUGCUUCAUUCGUAUUCAUCAAACAUCUUAGUUUAUGUGAAAAUAUCUUAUGAAAAAGUGGAUGACAGAGGUGAUGGAUCAUUUACUAAAGCUUUGCAAAAUUUAUUAGCCUCGGAGGAACACGCAGAUUACAAGUUAAAAGUUGCUGAUACAACUUUUAACGUACAUAAAUGUAUCGUUACUUCUCGGUGUAAUGUGCUUAAAAAUAUUAUUGAAACUCACAUGAUUGAAAAAAAAACUGGAGAAACCACAUUUGCAGAAUGGGAUCCUAUUGUAUUCAAAGAAGUAGUGGCUUACAUUUACACCAAUAAAUGUGAGAUAGCAAAAGUGCCUCAUGAAUUAUUUAAGUUAGCUCAUUUUCUAGAGUUGAAAGAAUUGGAGUUGAAAUGCAAUGAAUAUCUAUUGCAAAAUGUUAAUUUGAAAAAUAUCAUAAGCACUCUAGAAUUAACUGAUACUGAUCAGUAUGAACUUGGAGAACUGAGGAAGAUUGCAAACGAUUUUGUUUCUGGGCAUGAAACUACUUUAGCUAACGACUUGAAAUUUCAGAAUUAUUUAGUUAAUUCCAUUCAAAUAAGCAAUAUUGAGUUUGUUUUGAGAAUUGCAAAUACUCACAACUUAUCUGAUGUAUUAUCCUGUGCAAUGGAGUUUGUAAGAAUCAACUACACGGAAGUUUUGAAAAAUGACAAGUGUGAGGGUUUUCUCCUAUCUGAACCAAAGUUGUUGCUCAAUAUUUAUAAGUAUUCAUCCGACUUGUAUGCUGCUCAGGUAAAAAAAUGAAAAAAAAAAUAAUAAUGAAAAUGUUUCAAAUAUUUUGUACUUUUAUACUGCAAAAAUAAGUAAUAAAUUUUGAUUAAAAAUUUAAAA